AGGGACAUUCAAAUGACUACAAUUGUCAUUGCGCCUGUCGGUGUCAAAGUAUUCUUCCGUCUAGUUCAGUGACGCCAUUGUGAGCCGUAACGACUUUUGCCAGUGUUAAGUUAAAUCACAGUUUUCUUAGACAAUCUUGGACUAGGAAAUUAAUAAAUUAAUCAAAAUGGCUGAUGAUAUGCCCACAUUCAAAUGCGUGCUGGUUGGCGACGGCGGCACUGGCAAAACAACAUUCGUCAAACGACAUUUGACUGGAGAGUUCGAGAAGCGAUACGUCGCAACGCUCGGAGUCGAAGUGCACCCUCUUGUUUUUCACACGAACCGCGGCCCUAUUAGAUUCAAUGUAUGGGAUACAGCCGGUCAAGAGAAGUUCGGAGGUCUUCGAGACGGGUACUAUAUUCAAGGACAAUGCGCCAUAAUUAUGUUCGACGUAACGUCUCGCGUCACUUACAAAAACGUCCCCAACUGGCACAGAGACUUGGUGCGCGUAUGUGAAGGCAUCCCCAUUGUUUUAUGUGGAAACAAAGUUGACAUUAAAGACAGGAAGGUCAAAGCGAAAACUAUUGUUUUCCACAGGAAAAAAAAUCUUCAGUAUUAUGACAUCUCAGCCAAGUCAAACUACAACUUCGAGAAGCCCUUCCUUUGGCUGGCGCGCAAACUAAUUGGUGAUGGCAACCUAGAAUUUGUGGCUAUGCCUGCGCUCGUGCCCCCAGAAGUCACCAUGGACCCACAAUGGCAGAACCAGAUCGAAAAGGAUCUCAAAGAGGCUCAAGAUACUGCCCUGCCGGAUGAAGAUGAAGAUUUGUAAAUAUCAAAGAUUGUUAAAUGAAAUGCCCUCUAAACAAUGUGAUUGGAUGAACAAGCAGGACUGUUUCGAAGACAAUUUUGUCAUAAAAUUUUCAUUCCAUUAGUUUUCUGCUGAUUUAUAAUCAUGCAUCGGGGUUUUUGGUGCGGGAAUGUUUUACACUAGCCAAAUAACAGUUAAAAACUGUAGAAAACUACUAAUUUAACAUUUUUAAGCACAUUUUGACCUUACUACCUAUGUUUAAUUCAUAGUUUGGUAAUUAUUUUACAAUAAACAAAGUUAUAAAUAUGUGAAAUCAUUCCCACACCGAAAACCCUGAUGUAUUUUUAAAAUGGCUAAUUGUCUAAAUACACAGUGCUUUUAUUGUGUUAAGUAAAACAAAUUAACCAUCAUUAAUUGUACCCUAUGUAUUUUUCUUCUUUGUGAUCUUUAUUGUAACAGUAAACCACUCUAAAUCUUAAUGUGUAAGUUUCACUAAGUACAUGCCAUAAGUAUGUUGCAGGUCGUUAAAACAUGUGAAAUAUUUGAUAACAUAAAUUAUUGUAUUGGUUAGGAGUAUCUAAAGUAUCUUGGAGUGGUCAGGAUCCUUUACUAAUCUUGAAAUCUCAGAUGCUUUUGUUUGCUCUGAGGAUUGACAAUAUUUCACUGUAAUUGUGGAUAAUUUUUGAGAAUAAACUUUUAAAAAGAA